CAGCGGAACAGGUUGUGGGGACAUACCCCUGCAUGAAGAAGCUGUUUAAGGAUGGUUACUAUCUGAUGUUCAUGCAAUCGAGUACAGUACAACGGAAUCUUGAUGACGAUUUGAAGGAUCUACACUUGGCCUCAUUCCCAAGACGGUUAAAUAUGGCGUCUCACAAACAAAUAAUAGGAGCUUUUCUAUUGGUAUCAAUGAUAUCUUCACUAUUAGUGGUGAUCGCCAUCGUACGUGAACAUCAAAUGAGAGAAGUGCCUAGACAUACGGAAAGCAGACACGCCAACAAAGGCACAUCUCAUGCAAAGAGUCUUUAUUUGCUUCCAGAUACUGCACAUACGUCUCAGAAAUUAAUGCCAGCAAUUAAUCUAGACGAUUAUGAUGUAAUGCAAACAGAAAACCAGUCGAGUGUGAACAUCCUACCUGUGAAUCAUAGCUCUACAUAUCAUGCUAGUGCUUUAUCCUCAUCAAACGAUAAGCAACAAGAAAACGAUUCACGUCCCUUCACUCCACGUGUGAAUGGCAGUUCAACAUCUCAUGGUAAUGCUCAUCCUGCCUCUAACAAUAAGCAUAACGAUCCCGGAGUGCGCCCGGACAGUUGCAGGGACUGUUUCAGACAUAAUUUCGACUAUCUUAUACAGAACACUGAUAUAUGUGACUCGAAAGGGCAGAUAGAUCUGUUGAUGCUCAUCUUCACCAGUCACGCUAACAGACGUAACAGAGAUGUUAUCCGCUCAACGUGGUCGUCGAUCUCCAGAAACAAUACCGGAAGUGUGAGGUAUGUCUUUCUGUUGGGAAUCGUUGAAGAUUACUCCUUGAUAAAAAGUGUCCAGGAAGAAUCACAGCAGAUGGAGGAUUUACUGAUGGAGGAUUUCUUUGACUCUUAUGCGAAUUUGACAUACAAAACAAUCAUGGGGUAUAAGUGGGCGAACACCUAUUGUCCCCAUGCAAGAUUUGUUCUCAAGACGGAUGAUGAUAUGUGGAUCAACGUCCCCAACAUGCUUAAUGUCGUCAAUCAUAAUGCAGUGAUGCUGCAGAAUACUGUGAUAGGUGCGUGUUAUUUGAAUGCCGCCGUUGUUAGAGAAACAAAGUCAAAGUGGUAUGCGUCCCCCAAGAGCUAUCCUCAUUCAAGAUACACGGGAUACUGUUCUGGAACUGGGUAUGUCACCAGUAUGAAGGUUGUGACACAGGUGUAUCGCGUAUCGAAAGACGUGCCGUUCUUUCACCUAGAGGAUGUUUACAUAGCUUUCUGCAUUUUUAAACUAGGUUUUAAACUCAAAUAUCAUUCUGGAUUUUAUAUAUAUUUAAAACGAGGUACAGCAUGCAUGUAUAAAUCAGACAAAGUCCUGAUAGUCCAUGGUCUCUCGUUGACUUACAUCGAGAAAAUGUGGGCAACAAAGUGCCACGUGAGGUGA